UUUAAAGAUGAAAAAGUGGAUAAAGGUCUCUGGUGGAAGAUUGAGAAUAUGCAAGGCUCAAUUCUGAUCAAGAAUAAACGGAUUGGAAUCAAACGAAAGGUCGAUUUACUCUCGGUCGAUAUUUUUGAUAAGUCUACAACUCAUCAAGGAAACAAAAUUAUGAGACUUUAUAACAAUGAUAGCCAAAGAGAUUUUAAUAAUAAUGAUACUGAUUUUUCUGAUGACGAAGAUGAAAAUAUUCAAGAUAACUCAGAGGAGACUAUUACUGGCGUUUUAAGUUUAUCUAAUGAGAACAAGUCGAGUAUACUAGAAAACCUGGAGAAUCGUUUGGCUACUACAUACAAGGUGGUUUCUCUGUUCGAUAGACAAUUUCCGUACACGAAAGAACUUUACAAUACGUUUCCUGAUCAAAUAAAAAUAUUGGAGAAUGAAUGGGAAAAGGCUGAAGUUACUAUUCAAAAAACAAUUGAAGAAGGAUGGGAAGUAUCUAGAGCGAAAAAACUUGUAGAUAAGUAUUAUGAAGCAAUUGUAAGCCAUUUUGAUGAAACUUCGGAUGCCGAUCAUGAAAUGCUUAUUACGGUAUUCAGUGAGCCUCCCUUUAGUGACUUCUCUUAUAGACGUGAUGCUGAAUUAAUUUGGUGUCAGAGAACAAUUACAAAUUUAAGCUCUCUAUUUAAUAACGAAGCCUCUGAACAUUGCUAUCGUUCAGAAAUUGUAAAUCCUUUGCUUACGGGAACAUUUGAAAUGAUUGAACGUUCUGUAUGGCUUGAAAUUGGAGAAAUUGAGAAUGAAAUACAAAAGAUGCAACGAAAUGAUACCAAGAAAGACAAUGAGCGAUCAAAACUCGGAAUGAAACAUGAUGGUGUAAUUAACAUGAUAAUACAUGGCAAAAAAUAUCAAAUCGGUUUUCUUGAGGUAGUAGGAAAUGCCUUUAAUAAUGACAUAGCGGAUAGGAAUAGUGACUUAGAGAAAUUAUAUAAAGCCAUGUCAUUGUCAUUGUGGAACCAACGUACACAUCUAUAUAAUGAGACCUUGCAAUUUUCAGCUUUUGCUAUACUAGUUCAUGGGAAAACUUUUAAUUUCUUAAGCAUGAAUUAUAUUAAUGAUGAGUUUGUGGUUAAAAAUUAUGCCGAUUUUAUUCUACCAACAACAAAUGAAUGCCUGUUAAGAGUUCCAAAAAUAUUAGAAACAUAUUAUCGGGAACAUUUGAAAAGUCACCAUAAAGUGGUGUGUUCUCCAAGCAAUAGUCCACCUGAAGCUUCACCGAAUAAUAAAGUACUUCGGAAUACUUUUCGGACUAAUAUAAAUUCACCUGAAGUUUCACCGAUUCAAAAGAGUGCUCAGACUAAUAUAAUUCCACCUGAUGCUUUGAUGAAUGAUAAAGUACUGAGGACUAAUAUAAACUCAUCUGAAGCUUUGACAAAUUGUAGAGUGCUUCGAAGAUCUUCUCGGAUUAAUCUAACACCUGCUGAUGUAAACUAG